AUGGAUCAGUUAAGGGAUGAUCUUAUCCAGAUGAGAGCUCAGGUUACUUCUCUGAUGGCUCGGUUCAUGGAAGUCAUGCAAGGCAUGGCUGAUCGCCAAGAAGAGCUCAGAAUCCGAAUGGACACAGUUGCUCAGGUUGUUGCGGACCCCCUACAAAGAAAUUCUGCUGAUAUCCGUGUCAAUGGUGAACCUGUGAACGGAGGACCUGGUGUAAUUCCUCCUGCUGCCAAUCAAGGUAAUCCUCGUGGGCCUCCCCAGCCUACUCCUGAAGGACAAACUACACAACAAAUCAGAAGGGUUGCUGCUAUCCCCGUGUUGGAAGAGGACCGACACGAGGAUCUGUUUCCUGAAAGUGAAUGGGGACUUCCACAUGAUGCUGGAAGGAUGUUUAGAGGUCUGGAGGAAAGGAUGAGGGACGAAGGAUUGUUGAUGCAUUUCUUCCAAGAUAGCCUGACUGGGGCAUCCUUGGAGUGGUACAUGAGAUUGGAGAGGGCUAACAUCCGAAAUUGGAGGGACCUAGUUGAGGCCUUCAUAAAGCAAUAUCAGUAUAAUGUUGACAUGGCACAAAAUCGCACUCAGUUACAAAAUCUAGUCCAGAAAGCUAAUGAGUCCUUCAAGGAAUAUGCGCAGAAAUGGCGCGAGUUGGCGGCUAGAGUCCAACCGCCUAUGCUGGAAAGAGAGAUGAUGGAUAUGUUCACCAAUACUCUAGAGGGCCAAUACUACUCCGCCUGCUCUGCAUCCUCGAGUUUCUCCGAUUUGGUUAUGAUUGGUGAACAAAUUGAAAGUGGAAUUAAGGCUGGUAGAAUACAGAAUCCAAGUGCUGCUAGUUCCUCCUCUGGGGCAGGGGGGAAGAAACCAUAUAAGGGAUUUGCUAGGAAAAGAGAGGGUGAAACGAGUGCUGCUUACUAUGGUAAAGGCAAAGGCCACACUUAUCUACAAGUAGCCGCUGUGACUAUACCAAAUGCUCUUUUCCAACAUCAACAACAAGGGUAUCCGCCACGUCAGUAUCAACAACGGCCGAAAAUGCCAGAAAGGGUUUUUGAUCCGAUCCCGAUGACAUAUGCACAAGUAUUGCCAUAUCUCCUCGAUUUGAAUUUGGUCCAAUUGAGGACUCUGACCACUCCUACUAAGUUGCCUGCCAGUUGGGAUGCCAAUGCAAGAUGUGAGUUCCACUCUGGGUCAUCUGGACAUAAUAUUGAAAACUGUAAAGCAUUGAAGCAUAAAGUCCAGGAUCUUCUCGACUCUAAAGCCAUCGAGUUUACUCCUACUCAAGGACCUAACGUUGUUCAGAAUCCUAUGCCUCCCCAUGGAGCUCAUGCUGCAAAUGCCAUUUGA